AAAAAAAAAAAAAAAAAACCAAACCGGAGGCCCGGCCCGGCCCGGUGGCUACCCGGGCCGGUCCCGGGUCCACCAUUCCUGAACCGCCAGCCCGCCCCGUACCCGACCCGGACCCGAGUCCACCCCUAAUAUUAAGGAAAUAAAUUUGACAUUACUGUAGAUUACACUGUUUGACAAUGUUUCGCAAUGUUUGGUGUAGAUUUGUUUUCCAAAAAGAAAUCUAAUUAAGAACCGGAGGGAGUAUGAUAAUAUAAAUGUACCGUUUCUAGUAUUUGAUGAUUAAAUUAUUAUUUAAGAUUGUUAAUUAUUUUUUAAAGAAAAAAUAUAAUUUUUUAAUUAAAAUAUAGGAGCUCUUUCAGCCGAUGUAGUUUAUUGCGGGAUGCACUACUUCAAUUCGCUCCAACCACUUCGACUUCAUUACUUUGCAUAAUUUUUGUAAUUAAAUAAAUAUACUCCUGUAACGUGUUCAUGAUUGAUAUAACUUCCGCCAUAAUGGCUUUUAAAUGUUUUACGUUUCUAUAUUUUAAUUUUAAUUUUAUAUGAUAUCUUUUCAGUGUAAAUUGUAAAACAUUUGUCAUUACUUCCUCAGUUCCUUGUCCGGAAUUUCCAAAAUUUAACACUAAUCUAAUACAAUAAUUCACGAAAAUAUCUCUAAAAUGAUUUCAAUAAUUUUCAAACUUAUCUCAAUAUAUAUUAUGAAAUCUAAAAAAUUGACCAAGAAGCUUUUAACCUUUUCGUCCCUUUCUUAAAGAAAAACCUUUUCGUCCCUCUUCAAGCUAGCAUUGAUUUUUAUAAACUCAACUUGUUCACUUGUUCUAGAGUUGUUUUUGGUGGUACUUCAUCCCAUAUACGUGCUCCUUGGGAGUUUAGAGUUUGAAACUAGACGUGCUCCUUGGGAGUUUAGAGUAAUGUCAUCAAACCACAAAGUAUUUGAUAACUUGUCCUACCGAUGUUAAAGUUAAAUCUUCCCUAUUGAUAAUAAAUAAAUUUUUAAUAAUUACAAUUUACAUAUUCAAAAACUAUAUUAGAAUCUCUAUAAUAUUACAAAAUCCAAAUUAGAACAUAAUUAAAAAUUGAUAUCAUAAUUAAGCGAAUAAAAUGAAACGAUUUGACCAAAAAAAGUUGAAUAAGCAAAUCAAUUUCGGAUGGAUGUAGUAUAAAUUAACUAAAAUCACAAAAACAAUUAUUGAAUUAGUAUAAUAAUGGAAAAAUGAGAAAAUAUUACCUCCACACUUUUAAAGGACAAAAAUAUAAUUGAAAAUAUUACUUUUAUUUUUGAAAAUGUGACUAAUCUUUGUUUAAUUAUUCACACUUUGAAAAUUUUGCAUGCAAAGUUGUUGCAUAUAAAAUUGAGGAAAUCAAUCUCUUUGCAUGUUAAAUUAAAAAUAAAUUAUUAAGUUUAGGUGUACAAUUUAUUUUUAAUUACACUCAAGGUCAUCAUCUUACUUUAUAUAAAAAGUAAAUGUUUAAAUGAUAUGAUUCAAAAUGUUUAAAAAUGUGACCUACAAUUUACAAAGAAAUAAUGUCAAAUAUAUAAUCAAAGAAAUAAUGUCAAAUAUAUAAUCGAAUAAGGAUAUUGGAUAAAAAGUUACUGGAUAACUUUUAUUGACUCAUUAUGUCCAAAUUUACAUCACAAUAACUAUAAUAAUAUACACAAUCACUUCGCAAAUUAUAUCAUGGAAUCGGCCCAUCAUGCACAUGGUGUGCCGAUCCUCAUACGACACCGUUUUGCAAUUAAAAAAUAGAGCAAAGCGUCGUUCCUUUUUCCCGGCGAAGGUGAGCCCCUUCCUUUCCAACUUCCCAAUCGUUAGCUUCGGAUUGCGAGACACUUAGAAACGGAAAUAGCCAUAGCAGAGCAUUGAGUGGAGAGCACUUAUUCCUCUUCUUGUUCGAGCACACUAAAUCCGAAUCCAGAAGUGGUACUCCAUCUAUCCAUCUACAAAGACCACAUCUCCCUCAAGGACUACGAAAUCCAUGACGAACAUUGCACUCGAUGAUAAGGGACGUUGAUCAUACCAGAUCAACAUGGGCACUCAAAGUACGAGUUGUGAGGGCCGUUGAAAUGUCUGCCCAAACUAAAGGAGGUCAAAGAAUGUAGGUUGUUUUCCAUGACGAGGAGAUGUGAUUGGAAAAAUUGUUGGAAAAACACCUCCACAGACGCAUGUGAUAAAUGGCAAGCCAGAGCGUCUAAUAGAACUAACUUUGGAGGAUCCCGAGGGUAACCGUAUACGAGGCACGCUAUGGAACAACUACUGCAAAGAAUUCUGUGACUUUUACGCAGAGCACAAGAAUGAAACCAUUUACAUAAUUCUUCAAAUGUGCAGACCAAAGCGUUACCAAGGAUCUGUGUUGGUGUCUACUUCCUACGACAUAUCUAAGUUGAUCAUGAAUGGAACGUCAACAGAGUUUGAGGACUUCAAGAUUUGGACCAGAAAAUGAGGAGGUAGCUACUGUGACCAUUUUCACUGGGAAUAGCAUAGGCCACGACAUGGAAGAAGUACUGAGAGGAAAUGCAAAAAUCAUAGGGAUAAGUGAAUUCUUGGAUGAUGCAAAGGAUGGCACCUAUUGGAUUUUGGGAGAUAUUGUUUCUAUCGACAACUACAGAGAGUGGUGUUAUCUAAGCUGCCCUAUGUGCAACAAAAAACUCCAGCCCGAAGAUGACAGGUUUAGGUGCAACAAUUGCAACAUUUCUCUUCCAGGAGGAACCCUAAGGUAUAAAGUUCCCGUCUGCAUCAUGGAUGACUCCGGACAUGCAUCCUUUACCCUUUGGGACAAGGAAUGCAUUGAAGUGAUCGGAAAAACAGCAGCUGCCAGCAGAAAGGAAGUUGAAAAGAAAACGGGAGAUGCUCAACACUUUCCAGAGGAUAUCGAGGCACUGAUAGACCAGAAGGGACUCUUCAAAGUCCAGGUCAAAACCAGAGCAGAAAGUUCAUCCUAUCAAGGACCUCUUUCUUAUGGGGUUGUCGCCAUGAUCAGGGACCCUACGAUUUUGGCGCUUUAUGUUAACGCAUCUGAACAAGCAAAAGGACCGGAAACUUUAACUGAAGAGGAAAAGAAUGGUUUUGAUGCUAAUGAUCACUUGGAGGGAGAAAAUGACAACGGUAUAAGAAAAGGUCUUUCCAUAUAUAAGGCUGUCGUGACAGAAGAUGAGGAUGCUUCUACGCCUAUUCAAGUUCAAGCAGCCGAGAUGGGAUUGGAGAAGGACAAGGAUAGAGUGGUGGAGGAAGCUACUGCAUCAGCAAAAGGGAAACGAGUGGUGAUAGGAGGGAAUGAUGAAGUAAAUAGGAACCUGCUUGAUUAGUUUUCAGCAAACAUCAACACCAACAAGAGAAGGAUCCGAGUUAAGCAGGAGAAGGCCUAAACAAUGUGACCAAGAGGAAUCGGCUACCUAGAACUCUAUUUUUCUAAAAUCAUUCUGCUACUAAAACUCUAUUUUGCUAAACUUAUUUUUUGGGCCUGUAAUAUUAACUAUAUUUUGCUAAACUUCGUGCUACAACUGUAAUUUUGCUAAACUUGGUGCUGAGACCUGUAAUGCUUAACCUUAGGAUUUGUUAUAAUUUUGAAAAUGUUUUUGGUAUAUCUGUUUGGUCGUGACUAUGAUGUGCAGG